UACUGUCAAAAUAAUUAUCAUUCGUGUGUUAUCGGACAUAACUGAUUCCUAGCCAUGCUUCCCCUGUUUAUUCUGGUUGUGCUUUCCUUGACGCCUCGGGUGACCAUUGGGACAGUCAUCCCAACGGGUGUUACUUCAACGAAUUCUGCGUCAGCAUCUAAUGAACGCGUUACACAACCAGUAGCGGCUCAACCACAACAAGCAGUAGUUGAACAACCACAACAAACAGUAGUUGAACAACCACAACAAACAGUAGCUAAACAACCACAACAAGCAGUAGUUGAACAACCACAACAAACAGUAGUUGAACAACCACAACAAACAGUAGUUAAACAACCACAACAAACAGUAGUUGAACAACCACAACAAACAGUCGUUAAACAACCACAACAAACAGUAGUUGAACAACCACAACAAGUAGUUCAACAGCCACAACAAACAGUAGUUAAACAACCACAACAAGUAGUUCAACAGCCAGUGGCACCUACAGGAGCACAAAAAUCUGGCGAAGCCGGCUAUGGAUCAUGUGAAUCAGGAGCAAUAACUUCGUUAUUCUUUGGUAUUAGUGGAAGUACGUGCUAUUCAGAAAGUGGUAGUCUUUCAGAUGAGUUUGGUGGUUUCUAAAUUAAUACCACAUUCUUGAUAAUUCCACUGGUUCAUUGUGAAAGAAUUACCUACAAUAAAAAUUUAUUAAAAAAUAAAAA